AUGAAGCAUCCAUACUCCACUUACACUUCACAUCCACCACCGACGCUCAACGAACCGGGAUCGAGCUCAAGCUCAAGCACGAGCAGGUUAUAUCCCCAUCCUCAUGAGUUCAAUAGGAUAAGUCCAAUGCCGAUGGAAGGAUAUGAGAGUUCGGAUAUAGAGGCGAAUAACCCCAAAUCUGCAAAGAGGAAGAAGAAGGACAAUACUGGGAGUGGAAAUGAUGAGCGGAUCAAGAAAACCAGGCAGAGUCCAUGUCGAGCAAGAAAAGUCAAAUGCGAUAGACCCCCUCCAAACAGUACGAGCUCUUCAGUAGCCCACAGAGAUAUAUGCUCCCAUUGCGAACAUCUCGGAUUGACAUGUACAUUCGAUUACAAGCCGAAAAAGAGAGGUCCACCGAAUAUGUAUAUGAGGAAAAUGCAGAAUGAACCUGAAGGAGGAUCGACCGAAUCUCCUCCUCCAUCAUUGACUGACCCACCACCACCUUCUACGACCUUAGCACCCGGUAUGCCCGACCUGUCAUAUCCUGCGCUUGCUAAGCCCAAACCUCAACCGGACAUGAACGAAGUGACAGGAUGGGAACCUACUUUAGCCAGUGCGAGCGUGGGUGGUAGUGGUAAUGUCACUCCUAUUCCGAUACAGGAUCCAACCCAAGUUCAAGUUCAAGUUCAAGCUCACUAUGGCGGAAGACAUCCCCAUCCACACGGUCCUCAUGGUCACCUACUUCAUCCAUCAUAUAUUGACGUCCCUCGUUCGGCAACUUCCUCACCUGAUCAUCCUCGACAAUACCCUUUACCUCAUGCCUUACCCCCUAUCAGCCACAGUGCACAUCCUCAAGAGCACAUACGUAAUUUUAGUGGGGGAAGUACGAAUGGUACAGGUAGUGCGUACUAUACAUCACCUCAAAAUAGCAUCAACAGUGCGUACCCUACACCCAUAACCAAUUCACCCGUAAACGCAAGACCAGGAGUAGGGGGAUCAACAAGACCAUUGUAUAUGUAUGUGGAACAUCCACCCAAUCCUCAAAAUCCUAUCGAAAAGAUAUUACCCCGUCGUUUACUCUAUGAAAUUAUCGAUCUCUAUUUCGAUUAUAUUUAUUGUCUCAUCCCAUGCCUUCAUCGACCAAGCUUCACUCAUGAUUUGAAUGUGAAGAGGGAAGAAAGACCAAACGAGGAAGAAUGGACUUCUCUUGUUUUGGCUAUAGUCGGAUCCACGUUAAUCCAAUUACCAAGAAGUUUCGUUAGAAUGUCAAGGAAGGAAACGAAAGACUUGAUCAUAGCUUGUAAUUCCAGAAUAAGAGAUUAUGUGGUGACAGAUUUCCCGGCCAUCACCAUCAACAGAACUAUCAUUUUCUAUCAUUGUUUAUUCAUGACGCGUGUUAUGGGCGGUAUACCAGCAGGAAAAGGUCUAUUCGGAGCGCUUUACGCGUAUUUAUUGGCUCUAAAGGCACAUGAGGAGAAAACAUAUGCCUUGCUCAAUCCCUUGAACCGCGUCUUCCUGAGGCGAUCCUUUUGGUUACUUUACGGCGCGGACGUGAGCAUAGCCUCUUUAGAAGCUAUACCGGUCUUCUUCCAUGAGGACGAUUGUGCGGACGUGGCUUUCCCUGAAGAACUGGACGACGAGUAUAUUUCGGAACAAGGAUAUCUACCCCAACCUGAAGGACAUACUUCAAUACUGUGUGGUUUCAACUACAUCAGUCGACUUCAUAGAAUAACCGGUCAAUUGCUUGAUAAACAUCGAAGAGAUAAGAGGAAACCACCCAGCGGACUAUUAUUGCAGAUGAGGUUGAACGAGGUCAAUGAUCUGUAUGAAAGGACAAUGACAUUGAUGGAUCAUUGUCCGAAACCUUUGAGAUUGGAUUAUAGAUCAGGAAGUAAAUCUGUCCAGUCACUCUCACCUGGCUGGAACGCGAGAGCCAAAGACGAUAUCAUGGCUAUCUUCUCUGACCCAAACUACGAUACUGAAGUUGUCAAAGAUCAUUUCCUAGUUCAGCAAGCUAAUAUAUACGUUACUCAGCAAUAUGUCCGAUUCAUGAUCCUACAAUAUCGAGAUGAACUACAUGAAUUGCAAUUGGCACAAGAAAGGGAUAAUAAUAAUAAAGUCAUCGACGAAAGUAUAAACCAGCCUUGGAUCCGUCGUAACUCAGCCGAAAAGAACGAGCAUGGUCAACAAGAGAAAGAGGGAAUUAUGGUUAAUUCAAUCGCGGAGAAGGAUGAGGUGAUUUGUGAUUUGUUGGCUAUUUUGCAGAAAAUACCUUUGACCGUUUUGGCCGUGAAUAGUCAUCCGAUCGUCCAGAAAGUACAAUUUGUGGCUUCUACUUUAUUGGAUAGUCUGGAACCGUCUGCGAAUAACGGUAAUGGAGAAUCAGCUUUCAGACCUGAUAAUCAGAUGAUACCCACUGUGUUGGAAACCAGGACUCAGAAAGCUCAAAGAAAUUUAUGGCAAUUCUUAAAUAUCUUAUCGGAUAUAGAAGGGCUGUACUCGCUUGAAGAUGAGUGA